AUGGUUGGGUCAACCACUCAGGGCUGCAGCACAUUGCGCGACAAUUCCGGAAUUGAUGCUGCUUGGAGCAUCUUUGACGACACAGAGCUUGAAGAGGUCGUGCACAUCGUGAAGAGCGAGCAGGACGGUGGGAGCGAUUGGGGACCAAGCUACCUGGACAAGGACCUGAUGGCAGUGAUCUUGUCGCAGGCUGGCGACACCGUUGCAUUAAUCCAGCAUCAGGUGCCGGCAGUCUGUCGUCUUUUUCGCGCUGUCACGAGAGAACCAUUGUUCUGGCAGCACUUGUCCCUGUCGCCGUCGAACUCCUUGGCUUCUUCUGCUGUGACAGACGAUGUGGUCUGCCGGCUUGCGAGGACCCAUGGCCCAAGGCUGCUCACAAUCUGUUUGGAUGGCGCGCGCUUACUCGGCCCUUCGAGUGUUUCAAAGAUCGCCUACAAUUGUCCGCAGCUGCAGGGCUUCACUGCCGUCGGCUGCACGGGAAUCGGCUUUGGUGCCAUCCGCUUCUUGUGCAAAUCUUGUCCUUUGUUGCAUACUUUAAGAGUCAGUGGCUGCCAUUCAGAAGCAGACCCUUUGCCCCAAGCCGACCAGGCCGAAGCAGAUAAGCUGGCAAGGAGCAUCACAGCAAAUUGCCCAGAGCUCCGCUUUCUUUCUUUGUCGCGCUUAAGGCUUCAAGAGAGCUUAGAGCAGCUCCUGAAGAUUCCAGAAUUGGAGGCGCUGGAUUUGUCCAGCCUUGAGCAGCUUCCCAGCGAGCGCUUCGACGCUGCCCUCUUCGAACAUGCAGAUAGGUUGAGAUCCCUGAAGCUCGCGGGCUGCAGUCGGCUUCUCUCUAUCUCCGGCCACUUGACGCAGUUGCAAACCCUCUAUCUCGGGGGCUGCGUGCGCCUCAACGAUGCGGAAGGCUUGGGGACUUUGCUCCAGCACUGCCGGCGGACCCUCACCUUGCUAAGCCUGGUGGGCUGCCAGAACCUGUCAGCUGAAGGCCUUUUGAGAGCUUUCGGUCAGGCAGGCACGCUGAUGGCGAUUCAAACUCUGGUGUUGGGGGGAUGUCGCGUAUAUGAUGAGCUGUGUGAACUCUUGGGCCGCGGAUGCCCCAGCCUCACUUCCUUGGACCUUUGGGAUUGUCCCAUGACCAAUGCAGGGGUCUCUGCCGUUAUCCGGGGUGGUGCUCCCUUGUCAGAACUCAACCUGCGAGAGUGUCGGCAGGUGACGGGCCAAGUGUUGCAGGAGCUCUGCUCAUCACCAGCUGUGCGUCUGCGAACCCUGGAUGUAUCUUUCCUGGGUCCUGUGACCGACGACGACCUCCUGCCCGUCGUGCAGACCUUUGCUGACCUGAGGUGCCUGAUUUGCGGGGGUGCUCGGUGCUCCAUUACAGACAGGCUUCUGGAAGCACUGCCGCUCCACAUGGAUGCCGUGCAUCUGGAGGAAUGCAAGAUGCUGCACCACAUUGCCCCCUUGGCGCGCCUGCAGACGCUGACUGCACUGAGCCUCGAAGACUCGAUGGCUCCCGCAUCACAGCUUCUUAGCAUCUGUCACAGCACGCCCUCGCUCUCUUCGCUAAAUGUUUCUGGCUGUGCUAUUGAUGACGAUUCCGCUUUGCGCAUCAGCGCGGCGCUGCCGCGACUCCUGGAGCUGGAGCUCUGCAGCACUCCGAUCACGGACGUGGGCUUGCGAGGCAGGAAGCAGCUGCAUUUGGAUCCGCAUUUUGCUCACACUCCAUUGCCAUGUCGAUUGCAAGCACAGAUCGUGCCAAGAACGAGGCGCGCAGCUCCGUGUCAACAGAGGCAAGCCUUGCGGCAACUUUAUUGCCGACGUGCGCCGACGCGCAGGUCCAAGCUGAGCCGUCCCGCAAGACCUCUUCUGUCCAGGAGCUUUGAGCUCUGGGAAUGUGCAUUCAGAGCGGUGAUCGACAUUGUGACCAUGGCCGCAGAGGUGCAAACGAAGGCUCAGCCUGACGUGGCAUCGUCUUCGUCGCAGACAGAGGCUCCUGGAGUGGCGAGUGCGGCGGCAGAAGUGCAGACAGAGUUCCAUAGCUCAAAGGCCCCAGGCCCACAAGGGCUCACGAUGUCCCAUGCGGCCAAGCCGCAGGGGCACGAGCGUGAGCCCCCCGUCUUCCGCAGCAACAGCCUCGGUCUGGCUGGUGUCGAGGCCCGGCUUGACCGCCUCUCCUUGCAAAUGGACCUUUGCCUCAGUGAGAUCACGAGCUGGAGAGGAGUCGCACAGAACGGCCUGGACGCGAGCUCCAUGCCAACUCCCAGUGUACCGGAGCCAGCUCCCAGCGUACCGGAGCCAUCACCAAAGCUCCUUGAGGUCCCGGGAAGGCAGAGCCAAGUAUCGAACGAAUCUUCUGGCGCGCAUUCGUCUCUGUCUUCCGACAGGAAUCGCGAGGAUAACGGCGAGGCCCACGAAUCACCAGCGAGGCUCUACCGGGGAAGGUCCAGGCAAAUGCUGCCCGUGCGAUCUAUGGAUCUGAAGGUAGCCUGGAAGCUCCACGCCAAGGAGGUCACGCGAGAUCUCGGCACGCUGAGUGCCGCAGACAAACGAAUCCAACCACUUCUGCGUCUUGUAUAUCGAAGCCGUGCGGACUAUGUCUGGGAGCUACUGGACGACCCAAACUCGAGCACCUGGGCAUGGGGUGUUUCCCUCUGCUUGAAGCUGCUGGUCAUCUUCUCAGUGCUCACUUCCAAUUUAGAGUCUUCGACAGUACCUCUUCUAAACCAGCGCCUCAUCGGGAUUUUGCAGAUCAGCUUCGACACAGUGUUCCUGACAGAGUUCCUGUGCCGCUUCUUAUCCGCACCCUCGAAGAGAUCUUACUUGAAGGAUCCGCUUAACUGGGCUGACAUGCUCUCCGCUCUGGGCUUGCCUCUCAGGGCGAUGCUCGGCUUUGACGUUCAAGGCCUCUUUGAUGUUCAAGGCCUCAAUCCCAGUCCCGGACUGGAGAUCGUCCAAAUCACGCUGCUGUACUUCCUGCCGCUGGCGCGCCUUCUCAAGCUACUGCGUUACUUCGACUCACUCCGGCUUCUUAUCGAUGCAUGCGUCAAUUCAGCAGAGGCCCUGCCAGUCCUAUUCUACAUGCUGGCGGUCAUGGUCCUGUUCUCUGCGACCAUCAUCUUCUUGGUCGAAUCGCAGGAUAACAUCCCAACUCUGAAUCAUUCUCUUUGGCUCUCCAUCGUGACAAUAACGACCGUGGGCUACGGCGACUUCUUUCCAAAGUCUCCUUGGGGCUACCUGUCCGUCUCAGUGCUGACCUUCGUAAGUGUCCUUUUUCUGGCGCUGCCUGUGGGUAUUGUCGGCCACGAGUUCACACAAUCUUGGCUCACGAGGCGGAAGGUCCUCCUCCAAACUCGGGUGCGCCGCUGCCUCAACAAAUGGGGCUACACGGCCGCUGAUCUCCAGAUGCUGUUCGAGUAUGCCGACGCCGAUGGCGAUGGCAGCCUCGCUCUCAUUGAGUUUAUCGAGCUGGUGCGCCAAAUGAGAAUUGGAGUCAGUGCUGAGGCUGCAGCGGAGCUCUUCACCAUGUUUGACAGCGACCAGAACGGAACCCUGGAUCAAACCGAGGUGCUGCGGCAUCUCUUCCCGGACGAGUACGUCAGAGAGAAGCACAAGAUGCAGCAGGAAACCCUGGAGGUCUCAAAGUACAGGAUCGGCCAAGCCCUUGAAGUGUGGGGCUCCAGCCGCCUUGGUGCCGACGAUGCCAUGGGAGAUCGACAGGUGUCAUACCCUCUUGCAAGCGAGGAUGGGCGCCUGCAAAGCUUCGGAAGCCGGAUUGACGCAGAGCCUGUUCAUGAUCGGGCGGCCGUCUUGGGCGAGAUGGAACUCGAUCCUGUCACUGAGCAGACGGUCUGA